GCGCCAUGCAAAUCACCGCCGCCGGCGGCUCCCAUUGGCCGCGGCGCACUCAUUUAAUGGCAGCCCGGGCCCGGCGUAUGGCUGCUGGGCCCCCCGCGCCACCGGCCCCGCGUGCGCCUCCGCUCCGAGCGCACGGCCCCAGGCAGGCAGCGGACAGCUUGUCCUAGGCACAGCGGCCCGGCUCUCUGGCUCUCUGCACGCGUUGGCACUCCCACCGCUGUCCUUAACCCCCUCCCUAGCUGCACCGCGAUCGCCCCCUCCGAACCCCCCUCCGAGUCCCCCUCAGAGCUUGGCUCCCCCCAGGCACCUGGGACCAGCACAUGCCCAGCGCACGCGGCGCGCCGCCCUGCUAGAAGUUGCGGCCCCGGAGUUGAAAGCCGCCAAGGAAGCCAGCGCAGGAAAGAGACUUCGAGCCGCCAAGAGGAGGCAGCGAACCCGGUAUCGGGCCCAGGGGCACCGCUUCAGACCCAGAAAGUGGAGCCUCAACUUGGCCACGAUUGCACCUGUUUGCACAGCUCAGUCGAGAGAGCCCGGACUGCGGCAGCGGCGGCGGCGGCGAUCGUCCUGACCAACGGCCCCUUUGGCAAGUGGUUUGUGCACCCGGAGAAACUUUCCACCUGCGAGCUGGACCCGCGCUAAGUGCGUGUGCUUUUGCCUCUUUUUUGUUGUUGCCUCCACCCAACCCCCUUCUCUCUGCUAGGCACCCCCCCCCCCAGUCUCUCUGGGCUGAUCCUCUCUCCACCCACCCACCCCCACCCGGCCGUCUAUGCUCCAGGCCCUCUCUUUGCGGUGCCGGUGAACCCGCUAGCCGCCCAGAUGUACAGCAUGAUGAUGGAAACCGACCUGCACUCGCCCGGCGGCGCCCAGGCGCCCACGAACCUCUCGGGCCCGGCCGGGGCGGGCGGGGGUGGUGGUGGGGGCGGGGGCGGCGGCGGCGGCGGGGGCACCAAGGCCAACCAGGAUCGGGUCAAGCGGCCCAUGAACGCCUUCAUGGUGUGGUCCCGCGGACAGAGGCGCAAGAUGGCCCAGGAGAACCCCAAGAUGCACAACUCGGAGAUCAGCAAGCGCCUGGGGGCCGAGUGGAAGGUCAUGUCCGAGGCCGAGAAGCGGCCGUUCAUCGACGAGGCCAAGCGACUGCGCGCGCUGCACAUGAAGGAGCACCCGGAUUACAAGUACCGGCCGCGCCGUAAGACCAAGACGUUGCUCAAGAAGGACAAGUACUCGCUGGCCGGCGGGCUGCUGGCGGCCGGCGCAGGUGGCGGCGGCGCGGCCGUGGCCAUGGGCGUGGGCGUGGGCGUCGGGGCGGCGGCCGUGGGCCAGCGCCUGGAGAGCCCGGGCGGCGCGGCGGGAGGCGGCUACGCGCAUGUCAACGGCUGGGCAAACGGCGCCUACCCCGGCUCGGUGGCCGCGGCGGCUGCAGCCGCGGCCAUGAUGCAGGAGGCACAGCUAGCCUACGGGCAGCACCCGGGCGCGGGCGGCGCGCACCCGCACGCGCACCCGGCGCACCCGCACCCGCACCAUCCGCACGCGCAUCCUCACAACCCGCAGCCCAUGCACCGCUACGACAUGGGCGCCCUGCAGUACAGCCCCAUCUCCAACUCUCAGGGCUACAUGAGCGCGUCGCCUUCGGGCUACGGCGGCAUCCCCUACGGCGCCGCAGCAGCCGCGGCGGCCGCGGCGGGCGGCGCGCACCAGAACUCGGCUGUGGCGGCCGCGGCGGCUGCGGCGGCCGCCUCGUCGGGUGCCCUAGGCGCCCUCGGCUCGCUGGUCAAGUCAGAGCCCAGCGGCAGUCCGCCGGCCCCCGCGCACUCGCGGGCGCCUUGCCCGGGGGACCUGCGCGAGAUGAUCAGCAUGUACCUGCCCGCCGGCGAGGGGGGCGACCCGGCGGCGGCUGCGGCUGCCGCGGCCCAGAGCCGGCUGCACUCGCUGCCACAGCACUACCAGGGCGCGGGCGCGGGCGUCAACGGCACGGUGCCCCUGACGCAUAUCUAGCGCCGCGGGGACGCCGGGGACAGUGCGGCUCCAGGCCGCCGACCCGGCGACGAAGAGCGUGAGGCCUGCGCCC